AUGGCCGUCGACACUUCAAAGUCGCCUCCGCUAUCGAAAUUGCAAGGACUUCGCAAUCGACUUUUCUAUAACGACCCCGCAAAUGAAAUCGACCUUCAACCACAUAUUCAGGAGAAGCUCGUCAAGAAAUCAGAGCUCUGGGGAUUCUUCUUGUUCGGUUUUGGUUAUUACUCUUGGGCGAAUGUCUGUGCCUCACUUCUACUCCCAAUUCUAAUCCAAGGGGUUGCACGGGCUGCUUCUAGACUCGAAUCGGAUCCAUCAAUUCUCUGUCCAGAUUCAGAUUCAGAUAUCCCGGUGGGUGACCGAUGCCUAGUACCGUUCGGUUGGAUUAGAGUGACACCCACGUCAUAUGUCUUGAUGUUGAAUGUAGUGAUGGUAAUAUGCACCAUAUUCGUCACCUUGGGUGUCUCGGCCUUGGCUGAUCAUGGUUCAAUCUCCAAAAAAAUAUUGGUUUCCUUUUGCACCACAUUAUCAGCCAUGGCAUGUUUAUUCUUUAUUAGUCCAAUGAAACCUGAAAUUUGGUGGUUCUGCGGUUUGACCUUUGUGAUUGCCGGAAUCUUGAACAAUGUCACCCUUAAUUUUUAUGAUGCAUUGAUCCCAAAUCUGACCAAAUACCAUCCCGAUGUUGUGCGAGCCAGACUUCGGUCGGGCGAAGACUCUGAGGAAUAUAUUGAUGCGAAAGUCAAAGUCCAGACUUUUCUUUCAGGCGGCGCUUCUGGCGCUGGCUAUUUAGGCGGGUUGCUCCUUACCAUCAUUAUAGCAAUUAUCCUUCUGUUUACAAACUCUUCCCUUUUAACUGUGGGUUAUUGUCUGGUUUUGGCUGGUGUUUACAUUUUUUUCUUUGUGUGCCUCUAUACCAAGUUUUCUGUUCAACGCAAGUUCCCUCCUCUACCUCCCGGUUCGAAUGUGCUCACAUUUGGCUAUAAACGCGUUGUCAAGACAGUCCGAAAGGCUCGGAAACUCAAGACACUCUUUUCCUUUUUAUGUAUUUGGUUGAUCCUUGGCGAUGGCCUUUUUGCUACUUCCAAUAUGGUUGUCCUUAUUGCUCAGGGCCAGUUGCAACUUGAUAGCUCGUCUUUAAUUAUUGCGGCGCUAAUACAGUUCAUUUCCGCAGGACUUGGUAUCGUCUUCUGGAUUUGGAUACAAAACUCACGUGGACUGUCUCCACUCAAAACUGUCAUCAUCAACUCCUGUCUCUUUGGCCUCAUCCCAGUAUAUUGUCUCUUGGGGUUAAUUGAGGGUUGCCCCAUCGGCUUGAAGCAAGGGUGGGAGCUGUAUAUGCUUGCUGUAUUCUUUGGUGUUUUCCAAGGAGCCAUUUACUCCUCAAACCGUGUGGUUUAUGCGCAGUUUAUUCCAUUGGGACAUGAAAACGAACUUUUUGCACUCUAUGAGAUGUCCUCAGUUAGCUCCUCCUGGAUUGCACCUUUGGUUUGUACCGCCAUCAUCGAACGAUCAAGCGUUCGCCAUACAUGGUGGUUCCUAGGAUCUCAAUUCUUUAUACCUGCCUUCAUGCUGCUCUUCAUUAAUGUGGAAAAGGGUCGAUCAGAAGCUACAGCAUUUUAUAAUGCAGAAAAACAGAAAAUGACACAUCAGUUUGAAAAUUAUUCUCAAGAGCCAGAACAAGAGGACAAUAUCUCUAAGAAUGUCUAG